AAGGCCUUUCUUUCUAGUGUUAGGAAAGGAGUUGCUGCUGCGAUGUGGCCCAAGAACGACACCCUCGUCUGGGCCUCGAGUGCCUUCACGUACCUAGCCUUCACCGUGACGCUGGCCCUCGGCCUGGCCUGGUUCUUGCAGAGGCAACGGAAGUCAUGGCUUCUUGCCAAGAUCCCUGGUCCCAAAGCCCACGUCCUCUUCGGUUCUCACCGUGCCGGUGGCGCUGCAGAGGACCGCAUCCAAUGGCUCAUCAAGACAAGCACCCUGGGGGAAGUCGUCAAAUUCUGGAUUGGCUUUCUCCCGACGUGCAUGAUCUGCAGCGCCAGAGGGGCAGAAGUUAUUCUUACAAGUCAGAAGCACAUCAAUAAAGGCAAUAAUUACAACUUUCUCAGAGACUGGCUUGGCGACGGCCUCCUGACAGCCACAGGAAACAAGUGGCACUCCCGAAGGAAGCUGCUGACGCCCGCCUUCCACUUUAAGAUCCUGGAGGACUUCCUGGACGUCUUCAACAGCCAGAGCACGACGAUGAUCCAGCAGCUGCGAGGGAAAGCCGACGGGAAGCCGUUCGACGUUUUCCCUUUCAUCACGCGCUGCGCCCUCGACAUCAUAUGUGAAACUGCGAUGGGCCGAACGGUGAAUGCCCAGUGCAAUGCAAAUUCCGAGUACGUGAAAGCCCUCAAUAGGUUCGCUGAGCUACUGAUUAAGCGGUCGACGACGCCGUGGCUCCGCCCCGACUGGCUCUACACUCUCUUCGGCCAGAGGAGUGACUACGACGCCUGCCUGAAGGUCCUCCAUGGCUUCUCCCAGGAGACCAUCGUGGAGAGGAGGGCGCUACUGCAGAACUCCAAGAGGAAUGGCAAGGAAGAGGACACAGAGGAAGUCUUUGGCAAGAAGAAGCGGCUGGCGUUCCUGGACCUCCUGCUGGAGUACUCGGAAGACGGCGCCAAGCUCUCCGACGAGGACAUCCGCGAGGAGGUGGACACCUUCAUGUUCGAGGGCCACGACACCACCACGGCGGCCAUGAACUGGGUUCUCUACCUCCUGGGUCAUCACCCAGAGAUACAGGCUCGGGUCCACGAGGAGCUGGACUCGAUCUUCGGCGACGAGGACCGCCCGGCGACGAUGGACGACCUGCGCUCCAUGAAGCUGCUGGAGAACUGCAUCAAGGAGGGCCUGAGGCUAUUCCCGUCCGUCCACAGGUUUGCCAGGACGCUGCGAGAAGACGUCCGCAUAUGCGACUACGUCAUCCCGGCCGGAACCAACAUCAUGCUCUUCGUGUACCGAAUCCACCGCGACCCGAAGCAGUUCCCCGACCCGGAGAGGUUCGACCCGGACCGCUUCCUGCCCGAGAACAGCAAACACCGCCACCCGUACGCUUACAUUCCCUUCAGCGCCGGACCCAGGAACUGCAUCGGCCAGAAGUUCGCCCAGAUGGAGGAGAAGGUCCUUCUCAGCAGCAUCCUCCGCAAGUUCCGCGUCGAGAGCACUGUCCCUCGAGAGUCCCUGAGGACGAUGGACCACUUUGUCUUGCGGCCAAAGGGAGGGAAUAACCUGAGGCUCUUCCCGAGGUCGUGACGACAAACACGCCAAGACGAGCUAACAAUCCUGGGUAUCGAUUGAUGGGAUCAGUGUACAGUGAUUGGGGGAUCUUGCUUGAAUGGAAGGAAAUACACUCGUGUAAUGUGAAUA